GAUGAACUUUGCUUGUUUGUUGGGGAUGAGAGAUUUGGAGUUUGAAUCUUCCCAACGUAAGCUUGUCUUGUUGAAGGUUGUAGAGUUUGAAUCUCAAGAGAGCUUGAAUGAUGAAGUGUAAGAGUUGUAGCAAAGUUGUUUUUCAGUUCUUCGGUAUGUAGCUUAUAUACGGAGGUUGUCUGCCCGUUGGAGGAGGAGACAACUGCAUUGAAUGCGCGUACAGUUGACUUGACCGCCGUUUUGGAAGGUUUCUAUUUUUAUAAUAUAUCUUCCCGGAUUCCUUGGUCAAUCAUUUGCAAUCAAUCCUUCAGCGUAUCAGGCUCAUUUAAUGUGCAUUAAAUGCUUUCCUUUCAUGCACAGUCUUGUAGCCGUUGGAUGUUUUUACCCGUUAAAUUCAUAGCUGUUGGAUGUUGCUUGAAAUCUUCUAAGUGUUAGUCGGGCUCUGAUCAGGCUCUUCUGAUAUGUUGGAUUCUGAUGGCUAUCUGAUGAGUUGAGUUCUGAUGGUCUUCUGACUGAACUCUGACUCUGACUCUGAUAGGUCCGCUGAUGAGUACCUCUGAUCUGUAGUUCUCAUCGGCUAUCAGAUGUUCAAGUUUAUCAGCAACUCUCAUAGGUGCAACUCUGAUGGACUUCUGGUAAGAGAACUCUGAUGGAGCAGUUCUCAUAGAGCAAGUCUGGUAGAGCAGUUCUGAUGCACUUCUGAUCUGAUCCAAAAUAGAGCAACUCUGAUCGUCGACUACACUAAUACUUACAAUUGAAAAUUCUAAUACAUAAAAUCUAAUUUGGGGGUACUCUAUCUUUCUAAUCCUAUAGCAUCAUCAAAAUCUAAUUACAUUUAUUCCUUACAUCCCGGCCUAUUACUGCUCAGGAGCCCAAGAUUUACGUAGUACGGAGCCCAAUCAGUGAGGCCCAUUUUAGCCUACCAGGCCUGUUUCGGCCUUUGGGCCCAUUUCGGCCCGUUAGGGUGGAGAGCCCCCCUUCCCCCUUUAUCUAUAAAUAGGAGGAGUUCCCUCCUUAUCAAGGACCCCCCUUCUUCUUCUCCCUCCUCCUUCUUAGUUAACUUGCAAGACUCCAUUAAUGGGAGCUCAAAAUGUACUAUGUAAUGGUGAGGAGAGUCCUAAUGAGAAAGAGAGGGCUUGGACAUUAGCCUAAAAAGUCCCGUGUUUUUCUCCCUUUCGGGUUUCAAGUAAAAAGAGCUUGUUCAUACACAUUUAUACAUAUAUUUAUGACCGGGCUAAACUUGCAAGUGUAUAAGUGCCGAUAUAGUAAUAAAUUCCGGUAAAAUACCGGGUCGAAUCCACAGGGAAACAUUGUUUAAUUUAGUCCGAGAGUAGAUGACUUUAAAUAAAUAAAUGAGUAAAGUGCAGGGAUUUUGAGUUGUGUGUUGUUGUGAAAACAACAACUUGGUUCUUCUUUUUAAUUUUCAGAGAUAUAACUUAAAUUAAUUUGAUUAAAGUGAUUGAUAACAACAACUAAGGCUUCGGGAAUCACUUAAAUGCUUUAAUAGGGUUGAAUAUUAGUUCUUUACCAACAAUUAUGAAUACGAUGUCGCUAAUAUAUUCUCAACUCCGGUUAAGGCAGCGAGAGCGUGGUUUUCGUUACGUCUAAGUCCCGUUACGACUUACAUUCAUCUACCGAAACCCCGUUGAAUAUCAAGACAUCACACCCGUAUCAUAUAAUACCGGAUAUAUUUCUAUUCUCGGUAAUAUAUAUGUUUAUCCUUUAAUGUUCAUAGUUUAGACCUCAACGUUAAUUGCAAGCAUAAACUAAGUUUAACAUACUUUUAUGUUGUACACCAUAGUCAUAAACAAUCAAAAUGUAAAAGAUAAAUCACAAUUUAUUGGUUUAGAACUUUUAUCAAACACCUAGUGGGCAUAAAAGUUCAUCCCUAGGCUUAGCUAAGAACUUAGCCUCUAAUGCUCAUAUUAAUUACAAAAGUGUAACUAAGAACAAUGAAAUACUAUAACAUACAAGAAAUAAUACCUAGAACCAAUUGUAGAGGAGAGAAAUAGCUUCUUCUUCAACACUUCAAGAGAAUGCAAAAGUAAAAUAUAAAAAGUGAAUUUUUUGCUCCAAAGAUGGAAUAAUCAUCUUGUUUGAUGAAUUGAGGGCUUUAUAUAGGUUAAAGAUUGGCAUCUUUUAGUCUAUUCAAGCCCAACAAUUAGGCAUGGGAGAUAUAUUUGCUACACGUCUUUGCGUUUUAUGCAGAAUCAGACCUAACCGGCACCGGUUUCAGACCUGACCGGUGCCGGUUCUUCACUGGGCGCAGAAAUAGCUGAAAAAAUGGCCUAACCGGCGCCGGUUAUAAGGGCAACCCGGCGUCGGUUAAGCUACUGGAUAGUGAUGUGCGAAAGAAACCGACGGACCGGCGCCGGUUAUGGGGUGGACCGGCGCCGGUUAACCCCAUUUUGUGUUUUCUUCGCUUUUUGCUCCGUUUGACGCCCGUUGUUGACCCCGAGGUGCCGGUUCUUGGUCCUCUUUUUCCCAUUGACUCUCGUUUCUUCAUUUUUGACGUCUAAGUGCGGUUUCGCUCAAAUUGGGAUUUUUAUCUGUUUUAUCUUUGAAUAUUUGUACAGAUAAUCAUAAUUACCUAUAUAAAAUAUAGAUAAUUGUUGUGCUUAUCAAAAUCCCCCACACUUGAGCGUUGCUAGUCCUCGAGCAAUGUUGUCACCUUGUAUGCUUUGGGUUAGUUUCAACAGAGACAUAUACAAAAAUAAAUUUAAUUUUAAGGUAGGUAAAAAUGACAUAUAAACUCUUUUAUCAUUCUCGGUCCAAAAACCAAUUUUUUUUUUCUAAUUAAACACAAAAAGUAUCAUUUAGAUUUAGAAAACUACUAAUACUCUUGAGAAUAAAGGAGUGGUUUGUGACUGACUGAGUGAGAUGGCUUUUUGGAGUUUUUGACUUUUCAGUUGUAUGAAUCAAUUGAACUUCCUAGUUGAGAUCAUGAGUUAUUUAGCUAAUUUUUGUCUCUUUUCCAUUUUUCUCUUUGCUCCAUUGUACAGAUGAUUAUGAUUAUGAAGAUUGAUGUACUUGCUGCCCGAGGGUUCCGCUAGUUGCACACGUUUGAUUAUUUAUUGUUGUUUAAAUUUGUAACCCAUAAACUUGUUCAAAUUUUAUCCGAUGGCUAUUUGAAUUUAUGGUGGAUAGCCUGUGCACUCAAUCAUAUACGGCUUCCUAUUUUUACCGUUUUUCACCCCUCCAACCUUCUUCUCGCUUCUCUCCUCCGUCUUUACUUUCUCUUUCUCCCCUUUUGUCGUUCCAACGCAGGAGCUACAAGGACAACGGAGGUCUUCCACGAACGAAGUCAUCCACGAACGGAGGGCAUCCACCAGGUACAGUACGCCUCAACUCUUUCUCCCUUCUUUCAUUCUGCUUCAUUUUUUGCAAUCCUGUUCGAUCGAUGCUUCUCUCCUAUGUCUCUACUUUCUCUUCCACCCUUUUUUUCGUUUCCAACGCAGGAGAUGUAGGUCUUCCAUGAACGGAGGUCAUACACGAACGAAGGUCAUCCACCAACAGUGCGCCUCAACUCUUUCUCCAUUUUUUCCUUUUUCUUUCACUCAAUCAUAUACAGCUUCCUAUUUUUACCGUUUUUCACCCCUCCAACCUUCUUCCCGCUUCUCUCCUCCGUCUUUACUUUCUCUUUCUCCCCUUUUGUCGUUCCAACGCAGGAGCUACAAGGACAACGGAGGUCUUCCACGAACGAAGUCAUCCACGAACGAAGGGCAUCCACCAGGUACAGUACGCCUCAACUCUUUCUCCCUUCUUUCAUUUUGCUUCAUUUUUUGCAAUCAUGUUCGAUCGAUGCUUCUCUCAUAUGUCUCUACUUUCUCUUCCACCCUUUUUUUCGUUUCCAACGCAGGAGAUGUAGGUCUUCCAUGAACGGAGGUCAUACACGAACGAAGGUCAUCCACCAUGAGCGGACUCUUUACUUUCUCUUUCUCCCCUUUUGUCGUUCCAACGCAGGAGCUACAAGGACAACGGAGGUCUUCCACGAACGAAGUCAUCCACGAACGGAGGGCAUCCACCAGGAGGUGUAGGUCUUCCAUGAACGGAGGUCAUACACGAACGAAGGUCAUCCACCAACAGUGCGCCUCAACUCUUUCUCCAUUUUUUCCUUUGUCUUCAUUUUUUAAUUUUUUGUUAUUUAUUUCUUAUUUCGUGAAUAAUACUUUGUAUAUCUUGUCACGUUGAAUUGAUUAUUUUGUGUUAGGGUGAAGAUUUGUAAUGUUUAUUAUUGUAAAUUUAGUCCAAUUAUUCUAUGUCAUUAGUAUGUCCAUAACAUGUUUGUUGAAAUGAUUCAAUGAAUUUUUUUUAUAUCAUCUUAUUUGAUGAUUUUUGUUUUAUAAAUUUCCAGUUUAAAUUGUGCAUAAAAUUGUUUGUUUGAGUACUUUAUUUUAUUGUUUUGAACUUGCUAUGUUUAUUUUUGAAGUUUUAGUGUUAAAUUUGAGUGAAAUGAGGGUUUUAGCAUUGGAAGCAUUGCUUGGAUGCUCUCUUAUCCUCAUGAAGAGUAAAAGAGGGUUGCACUUCUCAUGGCAGUGGCACAAUUUGAAUGGAGCCUCAAUCGGUCCUCUAAUUGAGGUUGCCAUAGACUCUGAAUACAGUGGCACUUCACAUCCUCCAUCUUUGGUGGUUCUAUAGUCCUUUUCAACUUUGAGUUUUAUUUUGGACUUUUAAUUUUCAUUGGAUACAUAGUAGUUGAACACCUGAUACGAAAUGUCUGUCAUAGACAAAUGUUAUCUGUUAGAUAGAACUCUUUAAAACAUCAUAUAAAUAAUUUCAAGUGGCGUGGAUCAUGACUGAAGCUAUUUCUGUCAUGUUAGAUUCACUAAAGUAAAUGGCUUCUAUUUUGAACUAAAAUUCUUCUCAUUUGGGUCGUUUGUUUAACUACUAUGUGUACUUAUCACGAAAGGAUUAUAAUGAUUGAAUAUACUGUAAAUACAAUUCCAAAGUAGAUACAUUUAUUUAGCUCUUGCUGUUAUUUUUUAAAUAAAAUUUGCUUAUAGUAGUUUUAUUUCACGAUUUUUUUAAACAUUUCUUGCUAGUUCAGAUUGCCUUGAGUUUUGCAAUAUAUAGAUUUUAUAAUCCAAUAUGUUAUCCUGUUAUGAAAUUCUUAUGGAAUUUCACAAUUGACUAUUGCAGUGCACUUUCCCUGGUGUAUACAUGUUGGAAGUUUGUUGAAUGAAGAUUUUUAUGAAUCUAAAGAGGCACAUUUGACUAUGACAACCUUGUUUUGUUUGUCAUUAUGGAUUUUGCAUUUUUCGCAAGAUGAUGAAUGCACUUGACAGAAAUAAAAGAGGCUCUUUUCAAGAAAGAGAGUUUUUUUUAGCAAAUUUUAACUAAUAUUUCACUCUUGUAAUUAGUUAUAUUGUAUAGCUAAUGUUCUUGUAGAGGCGAAAUAAAUGAAUGUACAAUGUGAUUAUGCUAAUGAAGGAUUGAAGUUAUCUUUAUGUAUGUAUUGGCCACCUAUUUGUCUGUA